AUGUCUACCGUUCCAGGCGACAAUGGCCCAACUGCGCCCGCACCUCCAGUAGACAACGACGCCGCCGUCGAGCCCUCUUCUAAAGAAGAAAAGCCCCUACCCAAACUCACGCCUUCUGAAUUCCGGCAAUACAACAGAAUGGCCGUGGAAAUGAACCGCUACCAUGAACACUUCCGCGCAAUGUGGAAAGUCGUCUAUUCAGCAUGUGAAGUAGGGAAAAGGCCCGAAAACAUGUCUAUCCGCCAGUUCAUCAGUACAUGCAAGCAAUUUUGCCAAGGCCUAACCUUCCACCACACAAUAGAAGAACAACACGUCUUCCCCAUCCUCGCCAAGCGCAUGCCCGCCUUCAAAAAAGAACUCGAACUCAUCUCCCAGCACAAGCAGAUCCACGUCGGCAUCGACUGCGCGGAGAAGUACCUCCAAGAAUGCGAGUCUGGAGAGCGAGAGCUACGGAUGCAGGAGAUGAAGGAGAUUCUCGAUUCGUUUGGUGAGGUCCUGUGGCAGCAUCUUGAUGAUGAGGUUGAGCAGUUGGGUGCGGAGAAUAUGAGGAAGUAUUGGAGUUUGGAUGAGAUGAGGAGGAUUCCUUUGUAG